AUGCCCGUCUUGUUCCACGAGCACUACAAGGUACGCUACGUGCCGCGCGGCUUGGGUUCAUGGGUGUUCUACCUGCUCAGCCUCCUCAUUGUUCUGGUGGCGCCGGUGUUUAUUGGAUUCGCGAUGGGGAACUUCUGGCUGAGGCGCGGCGAGUUCACGCAGAAGCCGCGGGUGCGUUUUACCGACCGCUGCGUCCUGCGCUACAUCACCGUUGGGGGACAGGAAAAGCUUUGGACCUGCUCCAGCACCUUCAAUGAGGAGUUUGUUGACGGCCAGCCGGAGCUGGCGGUGCUGCCAUUCGUCUCCGUCUACGAAGACGGCCGCGACGCCGAUGCUGGGGUGGACGUCGUGACGAUGGUUCUCAGUUUGCCCCUCCCUGCGCUGAGCGGCGGCGCAGAGGGCACUUCGCCGCCUGGUGUGAAGGACGACGUUUUUCGGGUGGAUUUUCUUCCCGAGUUUUUCUACGAGGUCGAUCACUACCUGCUCAAGCUGAAGAUGCGGGCGGCGGCGCUCCUCAGUUUUGAACGCGCAAGCUGGGCGCCUGGAGGGGCGCGGGGACCACUUGCCGCCCUCACGGAGGGCGACCUUCUGUUCCACUCCACAGAGCCACUCAUCGUCUCCCCAGACGUCCACUACACAAGGACGUACGUCGAUAGCCCCUUUGACAACGUGGCAGACGUAGAUGAACUACGUAACGUGCCUCUCUUUGCCGGCCAGUACACCAUGCGGAAUCAGUCCGUGCAGUUUAAACCAUACGUGGAGUCCGCCGGCGGACUUGCUAUGCUGCGCGAUGACAACUACGGCCGUGUGCUAGGGGAAGAUUUAGACGCCUUGGACGACUUUACCUGGCGUAUUAGGCUGCGCAUUCAAAAUGCGGAGGUAAAGUACGUCCCCUCGAUUCAAGAGGCUCUAAAAUGGGCCUGGGUGCAGUAUUUCUGUAUUGCGUACGUCCUGCAAUGGCUGCUGUGGCGGCUGCGUGGCGUUCUUGUGAAGUCGGGUGUGCUGAAGACCACAGCAUUUUUUCACCGUGGCUGGAAGUCCAAUUAG